AUAAAACGACGUUAAGACCUGACAAGUUCAAUUUUAAAAAGUUGAAGUUAGUAUAUUUUUGUGUUAUUCUUCAGUGAUUUUCGGCGGUUUGGUUUCAUGUGCUUUUGCUUAAUCGACAUGAAGACACGCGAAUAACCGUUACAUCAUAUGACCGACCUCUCAAACCGCUCUGUGUUCCUCUCAUUGCUCAACACAGAUCAGUCAGGCGGAGCUUGACAAAGUUUGACAACAACCCUUUUCUCUGUCACUGAAUGUCUGCUUGGGAAUCUAAGGCAAUUUGAAUUUUUACUGAAGAUGAGGAAUCAAUGAGAAAUAUUCUCUUAGGUCUCACUGAACAUCAUCAUCUCCAGCAUCAUCUUCAUAGUUCGGUUGGCAGCAGAAAUCUGAUUUAAUGUUCAGACCGUCAGACAAAACUAAACACUCAUCUGAGGAUGAGCACAUUGUGCAUGGCAGUGCAGCGGGUGUGUCGGAGAACAGCAAAAUCAAUAACAAACUAGCUGUUGACAGCAGGCUCCAACCAUCCUGCCCCAGUAACACUAAGAAAGAACAAAAUGGAGAACAGUCAUCCAAUAGCAACCAAUCAAAACACGACACCAUCAAGGAGGACAAUAGCGUGUUUGAUUUUCUCAAAACAUUUCCUAGAGAGGCUAACGUAACUUCAGGAGAGGACAGCCCACCGUUACACAUUAAACUGCUUUCUUGUAACGAUGACCUCUUAAGUGUCCCAAACAACAACUCCAAGGAUAACUUCGGGAAGCUAGGCAGCAUGCUACGCACUUCCCCAAAACCAGCAUCUCGCUUUCCUGUGGAGACGGAUCCUCUCAGUGAACACAGUGAGUUUAUGGACUGGAGUCAUGACGUGGAUGUUGCAAAGGUCGUGUCUUUCAGAGUGAAGAAAACACUGCCGGAAGAUGCUAUUAGUGAGCCAAUGGAAAUGCAGCAUAUACAAACCACUGGGGAGUGCACGUUUGAGGUCAUGCCGGUGGAGAUCGCUGCCUAUCCAACAGAUGAAAAGCCCAUAGAGAUGGACGAGGAUGAUGAUCUGAUAGACUGGUGGAAGACUGUUGAGGGAUGGAGUGAAUGGAACGAAGCUGCACAUUUUCAGAAGGAUGACCUAGCGGUUGAGGCGGCGGCGGACAGAGUAUUCAUGGCGGCUCGUCUCUUCGUCAGUCUGUUCAACCAGCGCGGAGCAUCCCUGCAACGUCGGGUUGUGGAGUUGCUGGCCCUGGCGGACACCGCUGACAGCUUUCAUAAGAAGACCGUGAGCGCAGCCGUCGGUGGAGGGGUGGCUUGCGUGGCGGGGGGUAUAGCCACCAUUACUGGCCUCAUCUUGGCCCCCUUCACGUUCGGGACGUCCACCAUCGUGACGGCGGUCGGGAUCAGCGUGGCAACAGCUGGAAGCAUCACCUCAGCAACGGCUAACAUCACCGACGCCGUUCAAUCCAAGAUGGACCGCAAGAAAGUGGAGAAGAUGAUACAGGACUACCAGAAUGAGAUCGACGACAUUAAAGAUUGUCUUGAAUUCAUGCAGGAAGGAAUUAACACUUUACAGGAAUGGAACUUCAAGGAAUACUUUGAGAGUCUGGCCAACUCGAGGCUCCAGCGCAACAUAAAACACGUGGUGAAGGAAGGAGGACGAGCAGGUAAAGCACUCAUGAUAAACACAGAAAAGCUUAUCGGAACGGUGAAAGUUCUGGGCGUGGCUGGAGGGGCAGCUCAAGCUGCCAAGGCCAUCAGCAUCACCACCGGGGUCGUGUCUGCGCUCUUCCUGGCCCUGGACGUCUUCUUUCUCGCAAAAGACUCCAACGAACUGCGCAAAGGUGCCAAGACCAAAUUUGCAUCCAAGAUCCGAGAAGUUUGCCGUGAACUUCAGCACGGCCUGUUGGAGCUGAACAAAGUGAAGACUCAGCUUCAGAAGACCAUGGAUGGGAUUGAAGUGGAAGAAUAUGACAAUCAGGGUGAGGUAGAGGAUGACGAUCAGGAUCCCAUCAAACUGGCUCAGCUGGAGCAAGAACUUGAUCAGUUGGAGGAGAAACUUGAAUGGAAGGUUACGCAAAUGAACAACAGUGAUAAAGGAGAAACAAAAAAGAAAGGAGUUGAAGAGUCAUCAAGUAAAAGAAAACAAUAACAAAGGCGUGUAAUAAAACAAAUGUGUGAUCAAAAGCGUGAGACUUAAGACAUACUGUAUGUACUGUACACAGCUAUCAAAAAAAUGAAGAGACCAUUCCAAAUGUUCAUUGAAUCAGCUUUUCUAGAUGUAUGGUGGCCGUUCCAGACCAGUGUCGGUGGAAUUUGUUCUUUGCAGUAUUUGAGGUCUGAAAAAACACAGAGGAUCUUUUCUGUUAUUUUCACCUGUUUCUACAGAUUUCAUGUUCUGCAAAUAAACGCAAAUAGAAAAUGCUAAUAUUUGAAAUUUGGGAGAAAUAUUGUUAGUUGUUCACAAAAUAAAACAAAAACGACAAUUUAUCCUAAACACAUACCUAUAAAUAGUACAUUUUGAAAUGGUGUCUUUAGUUAUUCCAUGGCUGUAUAUACAGUUGAAAGAAAAAGUAUGUGAACCCUUUGGGCUUACUUGGAUUUCUUCAUAAAUUGGUCCUAAAAUGUGUUUUGAUCUUCAUAUAAGUCACAACAAUAGAGAAACACAGUCUGCUUAAACUAAUACCGCACAAACAUUAUACGUUUUCAUGUUUUUAUUGAACACAACAUGUAAACAUGUAAACAUUCAUAGUGCAGGGUGGAAAUGUAUAGCUUUAGCUAAUAGAUGAGCUGAUCAUCAAGAGAAGUAGCGUUUUUCCUUGUAAAUUUUUAAUACUUUGUAAUUGUACUAUAAUUUAUUGUACUUGUUGCAUGGCCGUGUGGAAAUCAAGUUAGAAAUCAUGUUAACAAUCAUAAUUUGUAUAAAUGGGGUUUAAGUUAUAUUAUAAUACUGCUUAGCUUUCACAUCGUCUCUUGUGCGGUCCUCCGCUGUCUCUCCUCGGCCUGCCUGCAUCUCCAACACCCCUAUCUCUCCAAUCUCUUCCUCUCCCUCUUACUACCUGUGUUAAGUCCUCUGGUGGACUCUGUGAUGAUGAGAAAAACGUCUGCUAAGACUUUUGCGGUACGAUUACACGCCUUUAGCAUUAGCAAGCGGUUUCAAUAGGCUGUAAGAUACGAACCAAGUUACAGUGCCAAAAAAUGCUAUGCGAAAUAAAAAAAAAUUACAUCACUGACACAAUGCUGAACAAGUAACAAUAAUAUUCACUAUAAAGAUAAGAGUUAAUGAUGAAUUAAGUCAAUUUUAUUUAUUUAUUUUUCUUUGAAAAUAAGCCUCGUCACUUGACUUUCAAAGGUUACUCUCUGCUGUCUCAGACGACGACAUCUCUGUCCUGUGUCCGUAACUUCAGUCUGUUGUUCGCCUGUGAGACGUAGAUUGGAAUGAUCAACACCACCGAUCAUGGCCACAAUUAUUUACGGAACCCUUUUGUCCUGUGACGGCAACCGUAGCUUCUCUAAUGGGAGGGGGAGUGGGCUGGCAGAGCUGUAGGUUGCAAUUUCCUACGUCGCCAAUAGUGGCCUCUGAAACUUACACACCUAACCUUUAAGAACACUCACAUAAUGAAAAAAGUCACUUUUGGAUAAGGUUAAAUGUGAAUAAACUGAACAUUUGAAUACACUUCAAGAAACAAAAGUACAGAAAUGAAACAGUCAGAAAUAAUAUGAGUCGACAGAUACAUUCACAUAAAUACCCUGUUCACCUUAAUGAGCUCAAGUGUUUUGUUUUUGUGUAUAAAAUUUUGAAACAUUUAAAAAUUGGUUUACGUUAAUUUUUUUUGUUAAAUAAACGUUCUAAGUUGAGUAAAUUGCCAUGAAUUUGUCAUGAUAGUAAAUCGAUCAUUUGAUUUCAGUUUCGUUUAGAUUUUCCCUUGUUUCAUAUGAUUCUUUGAAUGGGUAAUCUCUUUGGCAGUUUCUAAAAGUUGUUUUAUGAAGAAAAGGUCAUUUAUCUUUUAUACCCAAGAUGAAACAGGCCCCCUUAGUUGUCAAGACAGCCAUUUCAAGUAUUACAUUUCCUGAAGCUGAUGAUUUAAAUAAUCUUAUUUUUAUUCUCAAAUUAUUUGAAUUCAUUGUUAUUUUGGAUGAAUGUUGUUUCAUGAUUGCAGUAGUAUAAGCAUACAGUAUACUGUGUGUCAAAAAUGUUAAUGAUUUAUGGUCCUCCUGUCAAAGGUCUGUCAUCUGCAGGGAAACCUGACGGUUGUGUUUUAGAAAAGAGAAAGUAAAUGUUUAUGUGACAUUUUCUUCAGAAAGGGAGUGGACCUCUGAAAAAAUGAUUAAAGUAUGUGGGUCUGCAUUCUUAUCAUUGUGCCAUAAACUAGAUUUUGAUUC